AGUUUCAUUUCAACUACUUAUAAUUUGUUUCCUUAUUUCUACCAGCCGUAGACUUCUAAUAUAUGUAGAGAUGUCACAUAGUUGAGGAGUAAGUCGCAUUCAGUGGGUGCAGAGCUCCAAGAUUACAUUCUUCCUCCUGAGGAUGACGUAUCGAGCCGUAGGAUUUGGCACUCGAAGCAGAGGUUUGAAGCCGUGGGUGGCUGUGCUUCUCACUGUGUCAGUGCUGACUGUGGCGGUAGUGGUCCUUGGUCUUCUGGCUCACCUUUUAGUUUCUGGCCAGAAAAGGGAGUAUUUCCAUGGCACAUUUAAAAUUUCAGAUCUACAAGUCAGCAGUAAUUCUGGACAAAACAGCAUGUACCAGUUUAAGGAUUUACGGGAGAUGAUGGAAAACUUGGUGGAUGAGAUAUUUAUAGAUUCAGCCUUGAACAAGCAUUAUAUCAAGAACCGAGUAGUCAGACUGACCCCAGAGGAAGAUGGUGUGAAAGCAGAUAUGGUUAUGGUGUUCCAGAUCCCUUCUUCUGAGCAAAGAGAAGGAACAAAGAAGAAAAUCCAUAGCAUCUUAAAUCAGAAGACAAGGAACACAAGAGCCUUGUCAAAAAAUGCCUCGUCAGUACAAGUUAAUGAAAUGAGCUCAUCAACAAGGAAGCUAACUGUCCAAGCAUGUUGUGGUAAACGAGUUGUUCCAUUAAUAGUCAACAGAAUAAUGUCUGGCAGCAUUGCGGCCAAGGGUGCCUGGCCUUGGCAAGCUUCCCUGCAGCGUAACAACAUACACCAGUGUGGGGCCACCUUGAUCAGUGAUACUUGGCUGCUCACCGCCGCACACUGCUUUAAGAAUGAUGCAAAUCCACAUCAUUGGACUGUUAGCUUUGGAACAACAAUCAACCCUCCAUUAAUGAAAAGAAAUGUCAAAAGAAUUAUUGUCCAUGAGAGGUAUCACUCCCCAGCAAGAGAAUACGACAUUGCCGUUGUACAGUUCUCUCCUGGAGUCACCUUUACCAAUGAUGUCCACCCAGUUUGUUUGCCAGAAGCCUCUGCAUCCUACCAGCCGAAUUCAACUGUCUACAUCACAGGAUUUGGAGCACUUUUCUACGGUGGGGAAUCCCAAAAUGAUCUUCGAGAAGCCAGAUUGAAAAUUAUAAGUGAUGAUGUGUGCAAGCAGCCAUAUGUGUACGGAAAUGACAUAAAGUUUGGAAUGUUUUGUGCUGGAUAUAUGGAAGGAAUUUAUGAUGCUUGCAGGGGUGAUUCUGGGGGACCUUUAGUUAUAAAAGAUCAUAAAGAUACCUGGUAUCUCAUUGGAAUUGUGAGCUGGGGAGAUAACUGCGGUCAAAAGAACAAACCUGGAGUCUACACAAAAGUGGCUUACUACCGAAACUGGAUUGCUUCAAAAACAGGCCUCUAAUUCACUCUAAAAGUUAAACAUUGAUUGCUGUAUGCAGGUCAUACAUGUAUGUGGAUCUAAAUAUUCAGCACAUGUAGUACA